AUGCCUCCCAAUGGCAAGACCAAAGGGCGUUUCGAGCUGCCCGCUCUCGUCCCUAUCAACUACUCCCUCACCGAAGGCACCUCCAUCCCUCCUCCACCCAUCUCUCCCGUCGAAGAGACCACUCCUGCUGCUGCGCCGAAAGGAACCACACAAUCCACACUUGCGAGUAUCGACACUCUGCCUGCAGCCUCCACUGCUCCUCCUAGAACUUCCAGAACCUCUGAUGGACGCGGUCGAACGAGCGAACCACCGUUGAGCCCUGCUUCGUCGCGGCGGCCAAGCAGCCUCCGACGAUUCCUGUCCCGGAAAUCCCUCCACGGAAACUAUACGAAUGGGAUGAACUAUGAUGGGACGAACGAGAAUUUGGCAGCGGGCGGGAGGCCGGAAAGCCCGAGUAGUUUCAUGACUAGCGGGCCUCCAGCGAAGAAGCGGGGUGGGAAUUGGUUCAAGAGGCUCUCAACCAUAAAUCAUCGGACAAGCAUAGUUUAUGAGGAUGAGCCAGUUGUGAAGCAGCAUGUGGCACCUGUGGGACCACCGCCACCGAAACUGCCAGAGUUGAGCCAACUGAAGGCCAAGAUUUCGGACAAUGACGGGGGUAGUCUGGGUGGAGGAGAGCUGUUCAAGAACAUUUCAUGA